AUUCUCCCACUGCGCCUGCGCACCGAGAGUAGUAAGGCGCAAUCUGCCAAGACCCGCUAGCCUCUUGAAUCGAGCACAGAGCAGUGAGGCGGAUGAAUCGAGCGUGGAGCGGGUGGGUCCGCAGCCGGGACUGGGAGGAGGUGAUGGUGAGAUGGGAUGACCCCAAACUUAGCUGAAACUAGAAGUCUCUGUGAUACUGGUGCUAUCCCUGCUCUCUGCCUGCAGAAGCCAUGAACUUGUAACUGGGGAAGUGUCCCCUCAACCAACGUGUUACCACCAGAUCUGCAGUACAGGAGCCAGCUGCCCUGUCAUCUCAGCAUCCUCCAAAGAGACCCCAUCCCCUGGUAUUCCAGUGCAGUGCAUGUGCCAGAAUAUGCAGACUAUCUUUUGUUCCAGCAUCAGGGCGGGAGAGCCGGGGCUGCAAGAGCCAGGAGAGGGAAAGUGGCUGGUCUGAAAGGGAGGAGUGGGACAGAAAGGAGCCGCAGCAGCCCCAGACUGCGCCCUGGGCUGGGAGCUGCUCCGGGAUGACGAGAGGCGAAAGCCAGGCUCUAGGAUGCUGGGGUCAGCUAGGCUAGACCUGCCCAUGUGAUCCUCACUGCUUCCAGCCCUCACCCUGCCUGCCCAUCAUGCUGCGCUCCUGGCGUGGAAAGCUGAAGCUGCUGCUCGCCAUUGCAACACUGAUGAUCCUUCUCUUGUGGCUCUGUGUCUUUGUGGGCAGUUCAGAAUAUGGCCGUUCCCUCCUAUUGUCUCCUUGCUUUGGGGACCGGCCGAGCCAGGACCUGGAGCGAGAGGCCUUGGCAUCUCAGGUGCGCAAGGUGGAAGAGGAGAACCUGCAACUGCGCCUGCGGCUCAGCCAGGCUCAGGGGCAAGCUGGGGCUGUGGACGGGAGCGAUGGCAGCCAGCAGUGGGCAGCCUCCUUUGAGGAUGGGGACACCCCAGUGGAUGACAGGAGCAACCGCACAGGCUGCCCCAAGCAGCAGACGGUGCAGAAAUGUGAGCUCCUGCACGUAGCGAUUGUGUGCGCUGGUCACAAUGCGAGCCGAGACGUGGUCACCCUGGUGAAAUCCAUCCUCUUCCACAGGAAGAACCCUCUCCAUUUCCACCUCAUCACGGACUCGGUGGCUCAGCAGAUCCUGCAGACUCUCUUCCAGUCCUGGAUGGUGCCCUCUAUCCACGUUAGCUUCUACAACGCAGAUGAUUUGAAGGCAGAGGUGUCGUGGAUUCCCAACAAGCAUUACUCUGGGAUUUAUGGGCUGAUGAAGCUGACGCUCACUAAGGUGCUGCCCUCCAACCUCUCCAAGGUCAUUGUCCUGGACACAGACAUCACCUUUGCCACUGACAUCGCUGAGCUGUGGGCCGUCUUCGGGAAGUUCUCCGACAAGCAGGCGAUUGGGCUGGUGGAGAACCAGAGUGACUGGUACCUGGGAAACCUCUGGAAGAACCACAAGCCAUGGCCAGCGCUGGGACGUGGCUUCAACACAGGUGUGAUCCUGCUGCUGCUGGAGCGUCUGCGCCAGAUUGGCUGGGAGCAGAUGUGGCGGCUGACGGCGGAGCGGGAGCUCAUGAGCAUGUUGUCCACCUCGCUGGCAGAUCAGGACAUCUUUAAUGCAGUGAUUAAGCAGAGCCCAGUGCUGGUGUACAAGCUCCCCUGCUUCUGGAACGUGCAGCUGUCCGACCAUACCCUCUCAGAGCAGUGUUACUCAGAGGUCUCUGAUCUUAAGGUGAUCCACUGGAACUCGCCCAAGAAGCUGCGGGUGAAGAACAAGCAUGUGGAGUUCUUCCGGAACCUCUACCUGACCUUCCUGGAGUACGAUGGGAACCUGCUGCGCAGGGAGCUCUUUGGUUGUGCCAACCUGCCCAGCCCACCCAGAAACCAACUGCAGGAGGCCUUGGAGGAUCUCGAUGAGGAUGACCCCUGCUAUGAUUUCCGCCGGCAGCACCUUAUGCUGCACCGCAUCCAUCUAUUCUUCCUGCAGUAUGAGGUCCUGGCCUUGCCUGACCCUGCUGAUGUCACCCUGGUGGCCCAGCUCUCCAUGGACAGGUUACAGAUGCUGGAGGCAAUCUGCAAACACUGGGCAGGCCCCAUCAGCCUGGCGCUGUACAUGUCGGAUGCAGAGGCCCAGCAGUUCCUGCGCUAUGCCCAGGGCUCUGAGGUGUUGAGCAGCCGCAGGAAUGUUGCCUACCACAUUGUGUACAAGGAAGGGCAGUUCUACCCUGUCAACCUGCUGCGCAAUGUUGCGCUGACCAAUGCAGAAACACCCUAUGUCUUCCUGACGGACAUUGACUUCCUGCCCAUGUAUGGUCUCUAUGAUUACCUCAGGAACUCCAUCCAGCAGCUGGAGCUGCCCCAGCGGAAGGCAGCACUCAUUGUGCCAGCAUUUGAGACUCUGCGCUACCGUCUUGUCUUCCCCAAGUCCAAAGCGGAGCUGCUCUCCAUGCUGGACAUGGGCUCUCUCUACACCUUCAGGUACCAUGUGUGGCCAAAGGGCCAUGCCCCAACUGACUAUGCCAAGUGGCGGACAGCCACGGUGCCAUACCGUGUGGAGUGGCAGCCGGACUUUGAGCCUUACGUUGUAGUGAGGCGUGACUGCCCCCAGUAUGACCAGAGAUUCGUAGGCUUUGGUUGGAACAAGGUGUCCCAUAUCAUGGAGCUUGAUGCCCAGGAGUAUGAGCUGCUGGUCCUGCCCAAUGCCUUCAUGAUCCACAUGCCUCACGCCCCCAGCUUUGACAUCUCCAAGUUCCGCGUGAGCGCUGGCUACCGGGACUGCCUGCAGACGCUGUGGGAGGAGUUCCACCAAGAUCUGUCGCGUAGGUAUGGCGCCGCCGCACUCAAAUACCUCACUGCCGAGAGGAGCCUGUGAUGCAGAGGGACAGCGUGGCGGUGGGCUGGAGGGGGAAGGGCACAGACCACUUCCUUCCUACGUGGCUCACUGCCUGAAAGGGAUCAAACCUGCAGCACGGUUUCCUCAUCACAGGAACAGUAGAUCCCACUAGGGAUGGAAAGAAUCAGGAGAAAGGGGCUCUUGGUUCUUAAACUGCUCUUAAGUAGCUGAGGGAGCAGAGCCUCAGAGCUGAGGGUUUCCUCACAGCAGCUGAAAGCCUCACCCAGAGACAGGACAACAUUGCUAAUCUCCCAGCUAGGAGGUUAUCUGGAGCCUAUUUCUUACUUCAAGGGCCAGGGUGGGAUUGGUCCCUAUCAUUCAGUUUCCAGAGCUUUGGCCAGUGUGAAUGAUGCCACUCGUGGGGCUCUCAUGCAGUCCCCUGGGGCACUUGCCAGAAAACUUUACCUGACGUUCUGCAAGAUGCUCCCUUGCUUAGUUUCAUCAGCUCCUCCCCUGUGCACCCUCUGGGCUUUGCCUCCUUCAAGGCCCUGCAGUUACUGCUGUUGGGUGUAGCUUAGCCCUGCAGGACAGGCUGAACUUCGUUCUUAAUUUCUUCUGAUGAACCUCUUCUCUCCCCCCACCCCCAUUUUUGAUUGUCUGAACUGCCGAGAGGGAACUGAAGCACUCCCCAUGUUUCCCCAAGGGGACGGUGGCCUACCGAAUUGGUUUCUUAGGGCAUGCCUACGCUGCCGUGAAACACACACAGCUGGAGCGGGGUGCAGAGCUAUAAAACUGCAGUGUAGACAUUGGGGGUCAGGCUGGAGCUGAGAUUCUGUGACCGUUCCUGUUUAUUUGCAGCUGGCUGGAUGUGCACAAGUGUGCCCAUCUUUUGCUGGCUGAGGGUCUGUACACAACACCUGGCAGCUAAGAUCCCUGCAUAGGCACUGUCUCUGGCCAGCCUGUACCACUAACCUUCAUGGCCAUCUUCCCCCAGAGGAGGGGAAGUCCUGUCCCUUUUCCCCAUACUGUCUGGACGGGAUCUCAGGCUGCUGCGGCUUGGUGUCACAUCCCCGGAUUCGCCCGCACAUGGCUAGUGAGAGUUGCUGCUGCAGGUCUGAGGCCCUGGUCAGCUGCUUGGGUUAACAACAGGUUUGGUUCUGGUCUGUGCUUUGGAGCUGAGCGAGUAUUGGAUGUAUUGUCAAAUUGUGGUGCCUGUGUAAAACCAUCCAGUCCCUGCCACUCUGGGAGUAGGUAAAAUUGUCCCCUGGUAGACACCACCUGCUCAGAGAAACCUCUCAGGAGGUCACUUCCAAGUCUCGGAAGUAAAGAGCCUGAAUCUCAGUAAUACUGACACUGACAAUCAGGGACACAGUUGACAUUGUAGCUGGGAGCCAUGGUCAGAGCCUGUGCUGGGAACAGCUUCGGCCAGGCACUUUUCCACAGUCGUCACACACUGGAGCAUGGAGGCACAUUUGCUUUCCUCACUCUCUAUUUAAGUUAUUUAAGAUGAUUUCCUCACAGGGUGUAAAUGAUUAGGAGGGCCUGGGGUUUUUAGCCUUUUUCUUCCUUGCUGAUGGUUCUGAAGUAUCUUCAGGCCCGUCAUUGCUCGAUUCUGCUCUUCACUUCCUGGUACUAAUCUGAACCAGAAGAGCCACUACUGUGCUGGGAACGAAACAUUCCGGCAGGGUGGGGCAGGGCCAGGGGCUGUUGUCCUGCACUCUUUGUAUGGAAAGGGCACAAGUGUCUCUGGUAAUUUUUAAUUAAAGCUUUUUUAAGAAAUUCUUUUUCAAAUCCUUGGGGAGCGAUGUGGUUAUUUUGUCACAUUCUGUCUGAUGCUGGGGUUGGGGCAGGGCUUAUAGGCAGGUAGGAAAUGAGGGCAAGGUCACGUCCCCAGGAGAGAGGGUUGUGUGAGGAGCUGAUACUGCGUCACAAGCUUGUGGAGGGAUGGCAACUACAGUGGGGAUUUAAAGUGUUGGGGGCAACAGUGAGAACAAGCUGUAGAAAUGUCAGCUCCACCGAGCAAGACAGAACUCAUCCCCUACCCAGAACUGGACCCUCUGGCAUUUACUAACACAAGUGUAGUGGUGGUGGGUGGCUGCUGUUAUGCUUUGGCUGAGAGUGCAGUUGUGCUCUCUCAAAGUGACUGUACAAAGGGCAUUGCAGGAUUCUAUGGAGGCUGGCACUUGUUAACUUGAGGUCAAAUAGCUAAAAACAUGUGUUGUUUUUUCUGCCAGUGCUGCAAGUGUCCGUCGUCGUCCGUCCCAACCCCCCCCGCCCCGCACCCCAACAGUUAAGCUGGGCUCUUUCCAUCUCACACAUCAUCCCCUUUAACAAACAAACAAGCUACAGGGCAAAUUCUGCCCUCUGUCACUUCUGUAGCCCUGUUGCCUUCUGCAAGUGCAACCAAUCAGAACCUAGUACCCAGUUCUAUUGAUGAUGCACAAGAAGGACUGGAGUGUAGCUCUGGGUGCUGAGCUGAUGCUAUGGGGCUAACAGCACUAAGACCAUGUUUUAGUCCCUACAGGCAGCAGCUGUCUCCUUCAGAGGGAGGAGCUCUGAGGGGUAAGAGGGGCGCAUUUGUACAGUUACAUCUGACCAAACCCACACUUUGAGCCUAUUUGUGAAUUGGCUGGGAAGCUUUUCUUGUACUGACAAGAGUUCCUUCUUCCUGGCAUCCUCACAACAAAAGCUGGGAC